AUGCUGGACAAUGAAAAUCCAGUAAAAGAACUAGUAGUAGUCCCCGAAGAAGCCGCUAUACUAGUUGUAGCAGAUGGAAAACCCGUAAAAGGAAACCCCGUAGAGCCAGUAGAAACAGCAGCAGCACCUGUCCCAGCUGUAGUUCCCGAAGUCGCACUAAAUGCAGGCAAACUCAGCCCCGAAGUUGCACUACUAGUACUAGUAGAAGUAACUGCAGUAGCACCACUAGCUGGUGUAGCAGCAGUAGUAGUAGUAACCGUAGAAAACAACGGCGAUACAGUUGUGGAUUUCGCCGAAGAAGAAGAGGCUGCAUUGCCAAAUAAGGAAGGUUGCGAAGGCGCCGAUGACUGCGUCCCAAACGAAGAGGAAGCUGGCGUUGAAGGAGCUGACGUGGACGCGAUAGCAGCAGCAGUAGUAGGCGGUGCUGAAGCUGGAGUGGUUUUUGGAAUAGAAAAUCCAGUAGAGAAACUUGGAGCAGAGCUCGCAUUAGAGAAAGAAGAUGAAGGACCAAACAAAUUAGUAGUGGUGCUGGUGGUUGAAGCAGUAGACGGUGAUGAUCCAAACAGAGAGGGCGCCGAACUUGUAGUAGACAGAGAAUUGCCAAACAAGGAGGAACCUGAACUUGAUGCCGAUGAAGGUGUACCAAACAAGGAAGGAGUAGAAGAGGUACCCGUUCCAAACAGAGGCGAAGCGGAAGCAGUGGUUGUAGAAGAAGUUGAUCCAAACAAGGUAGAGGAUGAACUUGCGCCAAACAGAGGCGAAGCAGAAGUAGUUGUGGAGGAAGUUGAGCUAAACAAUGGCGAGGGUGAAAUUGUGCCAAACAGAGGCGAAGAGGAAGUUGCUGAAGAGGAAGUUGAGCCAAACAAGGGUGAGGAUGCACUAGUUCCGAACAAGGCUGAGCCUGUACCUGUUCCAAACACAGACGAAGGCGAAGGCGAAGGGGCGGAUGUUGAUGAUGAAGUUUUUGUGCCAAAUAGAGAGGAAGUUGUGUUUGAUGUAGACGAAGAACCGGAGCCAAAGAAGGGAUUAGGGGAAAUGGAGGCGGAUGAGGCAGUCGGGAACGAGAAUAGGGAAGAAGUAGGAGCGGAGGAGGAAGGGAAGACGAAGGAGGGGUUGGUGGUGGAAGGAGCGGAGUUAGGGUUUGUGGAGGAGGUAGUGACAGAGGAAGAUCCGAAUGAGAAUCCGGUGGUUGGGGUGGUCGAUACGAAUGGGGAUGGGGAGGAAAGCGUUGAGAAAGGGGAGGAUUGUGUAGAGGAAGAGGCGGAAGAGGAGGAAGAGAAGCCUGACAUUAAAUCAUCCCAAAGCCACCGUCAUAUGGCUGAAAAGAGGAGCAUUGCUUGUAAGUAA